CCACUGUUGAGUUCACUGAAUAGAGAUAGAAACCGAGAAUGUCUGAGGAACAGCACGAUGUCAAGCCAGAUCUCCAGGCGGAUGAGAAGCCUGUGAUCAAGUCAGAUACCCACUUGAACAUUAAGGUGACUGACGGUAACUCUGAGAUCUUCUUCAAGAUCAAGAGAAGCACGCCGUUGAAGAGACUGAUGGAGGCGUUUGCUAAGAGACAAGGCAAGUCACUGGAGUCGAUCAGAUUCCUCAGCGAAGGUGACAGAAUCAACGGCGAACAAACCCCGGAGGACCUAGACCUAGAGGACGGUGAUGUGAUUGAGGCACAUCAGGAACAGACUGGAGGCUUUUUCUGAUUGUAACAGAAACUGAAAAUAAAGGC